AUGGAUGAAACACAUAACAACAGGACUUCCUUGGUUAAAGGUGCCAAGGACAUCGCUAAAGAAGCCAAGAGGCACGCUUCCAAAAAUUUCAGCAAAGCUGUUGAUUCUGCCUCAGAUGAAUACUCAACUCAUCGCAGCUACAACCGUUUCCAGAACGAGGAUGAAGAAGAGAACAACUACAAUAAUUAUACUCAGCAAGACGGUAACUACGCUGACAACGUAGCCAACGAUGAGGACGGGGCCUCCAGCGACGCCACGGAGGGCCACGACGAUGAAGACGAGAUCUACGAGGGGGAGUACCAAGGCGUGCCUGCGUACAAUGAUGGGAAGUCACGGGAUGGUCAGGUGGCUCUGGGCCAGCCGGUUUCUGACAGCCUAAAGAGCCGCAAGGAGUUGGAAAAUGAGAGACAGGCAGAUGAGGAGGAGCUUGCCCAGCAGUACGAGCUGAUAAUGCAGGAGUGUGGCCAUGGGAGAUUCCAGUGGCAGCUGUUCUUUGUACUCGGGCUGGCGCUCAUGUCAGACGGUGUGGAGGUGUUCGUAGUGGGCUUUGUCCUACCCAGUGCUGAGACAGACAUGUGUGUCCCCAACUCUGGUGCCGGAUGGCUGGGUAGCAUUGUGUAUCUGGGGAUGAUGUUUGGAGCCUUUUUUUGGGGUGGCCUGUCAGACAAGCUGGGACGUAAACAGUGCCUGCUGAUAUCCAUGUCUUUCAAUGGCUUCUUCGCCUUCCUAUCCUCCUUUGUCCAAGGCUACAGUAUGUUCCUCGUCUGCCGCAUGUUGUCUGGCUUUGGGAUUGGAGGAGCAGUACCAAUAGUGUUCUCGUACUUUGCGGAGGUGUUGGCCCGGGAGAAGAGAGGAGAGCAUCUGAGCUGGCUGUGCAUGUUCUGGAUGAUCGGAGGAAUUUACGCCUCAGCCAUGGCCUGGGCUAUAAUCCCACACUAUGGCUGGAGUUUCAGCAUGGGUUCAGCCUACCAGUUCCACAGCUGGAGAGUGUUUGUGGUUGUGUGUGCGCUGCCGUGUGUCUCUGCAGUGGUAGCUCUCACUUUUAUGCCUGAGAGCCCCCGCUUCUACCUGGAGAUGGGUAAACACGACGAGGCCUGGAUGGUGCUCAAACAAAUCCAUGACACCAACAUGCGUGCCCGAGGAGAGCCAGAGAGAGUCUUCACUGUGAACAGGAUAAAAAUCCCCAAACAGCUGGACGAGUUGGUGGAGAUGCAGAAUGAGUCAGCCAACCCUGUGCUCAAGGUCCUCUUCAAGAUCAAGGCUGAGCUCAGAGGAAUCUGGUUGACUUUUAUGAAAUGCUUCAACUACCCAGUGAAAGACAACACUAUAAAACUGGCUACAGUCUGGUUUACUCUGUCUUUUGGGUUCUACGGGCUCUCUGUGUGGUUCCCGGAUGUCAUCAAGCACCUUCAGGCCGAUGAGUACGCCUCCAGAGUGAAGAUCCACAACAACGAACGCACUGAAGACUUCACCUUCAACUUCACCCUGGAGAACCAGAUCCACAGAAACGGAGUCUUUCUAAAUGACAGGUUUAUUGGUAUGAAGUUCAAGGCGGUCACAUUUAUCGACUCAUCUUUCCUCAACUGCUACUUUGAAGAUGUCUCCUCAGUUGGCUCUUUCUUCAAAAACUGCACCUUUGUAGACUCCUUCUUUUACAACACAGAUAUUGACGACACCAAACUAACAAAUUCAAGAGUGGUCAACAGCUCCUUCCACCACAACAAGACAGGCUGUCAGAUGACAUUUGACGACGAUUACAGUGCCUACUGGGUCUAUUUUGUAAACUUCCUUGGGACACUGGCUGUGCUGCCUGGAAACAUCGUCUCUGCCCUCCUCAUGGACAAAAUAGGACGCCUUAGCAUGUUAGGAGGCUCCAUGGUGCUGUCAGGCAUCAGCUGCUUCUUUCUUUGGUUCGGCACCAGUGAGUCUAUGAUGAUCUUCAUGCUCUGUCUCUACAACGGCCUCAGUAUCUCUGCCUGGAACUCCCUGGAUGUGGUCACCGCUGAGCUGUACCCAACAGACAGGAGGGGCACAGGAUUUGGCUUCUGUAACGCCAUGUGUAAGCUGGCAGCGGUGCUGGGCAACCUGAUCUUUGGCUCACUGGUUGGCAUCACCAAGGCUAUCCCCAUCCUGCUGGCAUCGUCCGUGUUGGUUGGCGGCGGGCUGGUGGGGCUCCGACUGCCAGACACACGUGCCAAUGUCCUCAUGUAAACCUCAACCCAGAACAGUAUUUUGUUUACCAGGUAUUUACUCAGUAUACUGAAUAACAUGUGGAUUUGUGGACAGAUUUAUUUAAAUAUCACAGAAACAAGCUGUUGGCUGUCAUCCUUGUUGUAUUUAUUAUUUGAUAAAUAAUGUUGACUGUGUUCACAAACUCAAAUACAGGAGAAGUGAUUGUUAUUUUUGUUAUUUCUGAGUUAAAUGCCUGGUAAAUAAUAAAGGAUAAUGAAAUGCAGUUUAACUUAACAAUAAGCUGUAAAUAUAAAGAGUUUGAAGACAGGAAUUCAAGAUAAAACAGCUGUUCAGACACAAGUUAGAAUUAUCAGUGGCGAUAAAACUCUGCAUAUCAGCAGCUCAUUAUCUACCAUGGGCUGUUUCACACAUGCAACCCACAAAUGCAUGUGUCAAAGCUGCAAAAGGCUUGGAAAUCUGACAACUGUUCCUUUCCAAAUCCUGCUCAGUCUUGCUCAGAUUAAAGGAAUAGUUUGACAUUUUGGGACAUAAAGUUAUCCCAAGCAGCCGUUAGCUUAGCUUAAAGACUGAAAAAAGCUAGCCUGAGUCUGAAAGUACAGUAACAAAAUACACCAACCAACACCUCUGAAGCUCACUCGAGAUAAAGACAGAGACAAAGGUUGCCCAGCAACAACAAUAGCAACAGUAACAACUAUACUAGUAGAAGUGUCUGAUAAUAGUAAUAAUGAUGAUAAUGGUAAAUGGACUGUUCUUAUGCAGCGUCUUUCUAGUCUUCUGGCGACUCAAAGCGCUGUACACCACAUGCCACGUUCACCCAUACACACACAUUCAUAUGAUGAUGACAAAGGCCAUCACAAACGGAAAGUAAUUCGUUCACACACAUUCACACAGCGAUGCACAGCAUUAGGGGCAAUUUGGGGUUCAGUACCUUGCUCAAGGACACUUUGACAAGCAGCAGGAAGAGUCGGUGAUUGAACCGAUCUCGAUACAUUGAGAUGCAUCGAGAAUCGUUGUGCAUAUUUUGAAGUCAGUGAAGAUUCACACCUCUAGAGGUGCUUGUAGGUGGAUUUGGUUACCUUUGGACAAAGCCAGGCUAACUAUGCUUAUGCUAAGCUAAGAUAACCGGCUGCUAGCUGUAGCUUCAUAUUUAGACAUGAGAGUAGCAUUGAUCUUCUCAUCGAACUCUCAGCAAGAAAGUAUGUAGAGUUCAAUAAAAUGUCAAACUAUUCCGUUAACUACAAACUAUUUUGUAAUUGUGUAUGUGAUUAUGCUCGUUUAUAUGUGUAUAUUUAGUAAUUUAUUAUUUCUUCUUUAUUGCUUCACCAGUGUGCUUUUAUGUUUUUAGGCCAGAAACUGAAGGUGCUUUUGACCUUUGUUUCUAAUCAGUAUUCCACUAAUGGUUGAUGAUGUUCAAGCCUUUUGCUGCAACUUGCAAGAAUGAUAAGGCCAUAGAAAAAAAAUCAAUAUAGUAGUUUAGUCAAAACCGGCAACUUCAGCAGCUACAUUUCUAAAGUGAAAAGAAGUUUACAUUUUCUGCUUUUUACAGUAAGAGACUUUUGAGAUUGGAAACCUUUUGUCUGAAUGCUUCCUCUCUCCCUCUCUUGUGUCUGUGUUGUGUUCGUCUCGUGGCACCGAGCUCACUAUGAAGGGCUUUGCUCUCCAUUGCAAUCUGAUCUGUCAAGAAGAAUUUAUACUCUGCUGUUAUAAUCUGCUCUCCUCCUUGUCUUUUUUUUUUCUCUUGCUCUAUCUGUCUCACCGUCUCGGUUUCCUCAUAGUGUCUCUCAUCCAGUCUUGUUCUCUUGCUCUGUUUAUCUCUUCCUGCCUUGCUGCUGCUCCCUCCAAAACUCAAAGGCCUUUCUCAAAUGUCGUGCCUCUCUCUCCAUUGAGCCCGUCUCUCCUUCCAAACCUUGCUGGAAGCUUUGCUGCUCUGUCCUGCCUCUAUUUUUAUUUAUGUUUUUUGUCUCUCAUCUCUUGAUACUGCACAGUGCAUGUAUGUGUGUAUGUGUGUGUGUGUGUGAGUGAGUGGGUGUGUCCAGACAAACCCUUAUAAGAUAAAAAGACCAUAUCCAGAAAGCCAAGUUUUGUUUAGUUUUUUUCAUGUUUUUUCUAUACCGAGGAACCGGGUGUUUUGGAGGAUUUGAACCACCUGAUAAAGUGAAAUUAAAAGCCAUGUUUAAAGGAUCAGUUCACCCAAAUUCCCAAAAAAACCAACAUAUUUAAUAGCCAUGCAAUUUAGAUUUUUGUUGUGCUGAGAUUUUAGCCAUUAAUAUAAUGGAGGUGAAUGAACAUGAGUUUAUACUGCUCCAAACAGAAAAGAAAAACAUUUGAUUACUGUCUACGGGCUUUACAAAGGCACAGCAGUAAGCUAAAUGUUAAUGUUAACAUGCUCACAAUGGCCUUGCUAACAUGCUGAUGUUUAGCAGGUGUAUUGUUUACUAGCUUCACCAUCUUACUUUUUGUUAGCAUGCUAACAUUUGCAUUAGUGCUAAACACAAAGUACAGCUGAGGCUGAUGGGAAUGUCAUUAAUUUUCCAGGUCAUAAAGCAAAGUAUUGGACAAAUUAAGAUUUUGAGUAUAAAAUUAAGGGAUCACCAAAUUACAGUUUGUCUUGAGCAAAACAUGAAUGUUUGCAACAAAUUUCAUGGCCAUCCGUUGUUGAGAUAUUUCACUAAAACCCCAAAUGUUGACCUAAUGGGGUCACCAGAUGAAAGGUCAGUGGAUGACCAAAGUCAGUAGGAUACAUCCUUUAGGGACCAUGGAUGUCUGUACAAUGUUUCAUGGCAAUCCAUCCAACAGUUGUUGAGAUUUCACUCCAACCAGCAUUGCCAUCCCUAGUACAAUGCAGCAAGAAAGAAAUUCACAGGCAAUGUGCAUUUCUAGAAACAGC